AUUAUUUGCACUAUUUUUACUCCCUUCAUAAGUUCUUUCCUUAUACUAUUCCGUCUUUCUUCUUUCUUUUUACUUUUUUCCCCCGCUCUCCUCCCUUAUUUUUUCUUCUUUAUUUAAAGAAAAAAAACUUACCUAAAACCAACCUACCGAGUGACCACCAAUGAAGAUAAACCUUCCCAACCACUAACCGGGUAACUCAACCGCCCGAUAAACUCAUCUGUCCCCACCCCCCCACCAUAACUUACAACCAAAAUCUCACGUCAAACACCCCACCAUCGAACCGAAAAAGAAAAAGAAAAAAACACAAAUGUCAAAAAAUUGAAAUGCCCUUCGCACAACUAGUGAUAGGCCCCCCCGGCUCCGGCAAAUCCACCUACUGCAACGGCAUGCACCAAUUCAUGUCGGCCAUUGGGCGGAAAUGCUCGAUCGUGAACCUGGACCCGGCAAACGAGAAGACGACGUAUCCGUGCGCGCUAGACGUCCGCGAGCUGAUCACGCUAGAGGAGGUCAUGGAUGAGGAAGGAUUGGGGCCGAACGGCGGGAUUAUGUACGCGCUCGAGGAGUUGGAAGGGAAUAUGGAGUGGUUGGAGGGAGGGUUGAGUCGGUUGGGUCGUGAGUUUUGUUUCUUUGUCCCUUUGUUUCUUUGUUUCUUUGUUGCAAGGGAGAUUAGUUGUGUGGCGGGGCUAACGUAAGAGAGAGGAGCGCAGAGGAUUAUGUCCUGUUUGACUGUCCGGGGCAGGUAGAGCUCUUCACGCACCAUGCUAGUCUUAGGAAUAUUUUCCUGAAGAUACAGAAGUUGGGGUAUAGAGUCCGUUUCUCUCUCUCUCCCUAUCUCUCUUCCCUCCAUUGAGACAUUUCUGAUAGCUCUUCUUGCUAAGAUAGUGAAUAAAUAGCUAGUGGUGAUACAUCUAGUAGAUUCCCAUUACUGCGCCGACCCAUCAAAAUACAUCUCCGUCCUCCUCCUUUGCCUCCGUUCAAUGCUUCAGCUAGACCUCCCACAUAUCAACGUUCUUUCAAAAAUCGACCUGCUAAACCAGUAUGGCCCGCUAGCUUUCAACCUUGAUUUCUAUACGGAGGUGCAGGACCUGACACACAUGCUACCCUUACUGGAGGAGGAUCCGCGUUUGAAGAAAUAUGCCAAGCUGAAUGAGGCGAUCGUGGACCUUGUCGAUAGCUUUGGCUUAGUUAGUUUUGAGACAUUGGCGGUCGAGGAUAAGCUUAGCAUGACUCAUAUGCUACAGGCAGUUGACAGGGCCGGUGGGUAUGCUUUUGGAGAAGCGGAAGGCGCUGGCGAUAGUGUUUGGGCACUGGCGAUGAGAGGGGGUUGGGGAGUUGGGAUGUCCGCACAGGAUAUCCAGGAGCGGUGGAUAGAUAAUCGGGAGGAGUACGACGAGUUUGAGAGGAAGCAAAUGGAGGAGCAAGCUGCAAAAGCUAAGGCCGAGGCGGAAGCUGAUGAGUUCAUGUAACUUAAUCACACUGUUCUAGAGUCCUGGGAGUACGGGUUUUAACGAUCUAUUGAAGGGGGGUACGAAGCGGGGGGACCCAUAUUAAUUGUGUAAUCGUAUUGAUAACUCCAUCAUACCCCCACAAGUUUC